GGAGCCGAAACUGAAGCAUGUCGGUUGAUGUCGAGAAAGAUCAAAGAGUUAGCAAUUUAAGAUUUCUUUGGGCAGCUGGGAUUUUGUAUGCAGAGACAAAUCCCCAACUUUCAAAGCACUUCAUAUCUAAAUUUCACGGGUUGUCGUCCAUUGGCACACGUAUUGAUGACCAGCCUGCUUCCAGUCUAUACUGUCUACAUUGUUUCAACCUACUGAGACCCGGUAACCACUACGCCCGAGUGUCACCCAAGUACCACAUCACCAACGUUGCUAAACUCGAACGGCAAAUUCGUAAGGAUGGGUUUAGGCGUGUGAACACCCGAAGAAGAAUUCAACUUCAACGAUGGCAAAACAGUAGGACGAAAUUGUUGGUUCAUUGCAACGAUUGCCAGGAACUCGCAAAGAUACCAUGCAGCAAGCGGCGCACCGUACAACAUCAGCCAUUAGGUUUUAAGAAUCUUGCACGACACCGAGCGAGGCUUGAGGUGGAGCAGGAAAAGUCCAAGACGACAGCCACCGCGGCAGCUACAGUGACACAUGGGACUGGGUAUCGCUCUGGAAGCAAAAUGUCUACACAAAGUUUCAGUCGAACACCACAACGCCCGACACCACAACACCCCACACCUCAACUCUCCACACCUCAACACUCCACACCGCGGUUCAAUGUCAGCGUCACACCCAGCGGAACUCCGGCGUCGGCCAGAAAGGCGCGAAGCUUACAGAAAAAGGGAAAACACAAUCAACUUCAACUUCAGAUGAUGCUCGCAGGCGCUAAACAGGAGAAAGCUAAUGCUAAGUCGAAGUUACAAGAUUUUCUUGUGUCACUGUGAUUCCAAACAAAAAUACAGUUAUUUAACACAUGUCGUCAUUGAACAAAUAGUUUUCUAAUAUCUAGCCUAUUAAUAGUUAAAGGCAGUGGACACUAUUGGUAAUUACUCAAAAUAAUUAUUAGCAUAAAACCUUUCUUGGUGACG